UGGUUCAGGGGGUUCCUCAGUCAACAAGAAGAGAUAUUUGUAAAUUCUGAACUUUUUUUUGACUCAGUGAGCAACAAAGGCAUUUUUUUUCCUCUCUGAAAGACGCCCAACUGAAAGCAGCAGCGAUGGCGCCCUCUCUCAUCCAGGCCUACCGGAGGCGCUGGUGGAUGGCGGUGACAGCGGUGCUUGAAAAUCUGCUGUGCUCGGCGGUGCUGCUGGGGUGGGGCUCCCUGCUCAUCAUGCUGAAAAGGGAAGGCUUCUACUCCCACCUGUGCACAGAUAAUGAGUCCGUGGUUGUGGCUUUGGGCAACUCCUCCAGCGAGGAGGUGGAGGAGUGGCUCAGCUGCGUGGAUCAGGAGGAGAUGCUGAAUCUGGGCUUCACCAUCGGGUCCUUCUUGCUCAGCGCCACCACCCUGCCACUCGGGAUCCUGAUGGACAGGUUUGGGCCACGCCCAAUUCGACUGGUGGGCAGUUCGUGUUUCGGGCUGUCCUGUGUUAUUAUGGCCACGUCUGCCUACGACCCUCAUUCUCUGUCAGCACUUAUUUUCCUGGCUCUCUCCCUGAAUGGCUUUGGAGGCAUCUGCCUGACCUUCACUUCACUCACGCUCCCCAACAUGUUUGGUGCUCUCAGCUCCACCAUCAUGUCUCUGAUGAUUGGCUCCUACGCCUCCUCUGCUGUCACCUUCCCUGGAGUCAAGCUGAUCUACGAUGCAGGUGUGUCUUUCCAGGUGAUCAUGUGCAUGUGGGCAGGUCUUGCUGGGUUUGUCUUUCUCAACUGCUUCUUGAACUGGCCCACUGAAGGCUUCCCAACACCUGACGAGGUCGACUACAGUCAGAUCAACACACUGCAAGAGCUGCCUUCAUCUGACCAGAAGACUGCUGGAGAGCGACUGAGCCAGAAAAAUGGAGACGUCCGACACUCGACAGAGAAACUACCAAAUGGAUCUGACGCUGCGCCCAAGGCUCCUACCUUCCGACAGUCCGUAUUCUCUCCCAUCUUCCUGUGGAGUCUGGUCACGAUGGGGAUGUCCCAGUUGAGGAUCAUCUUCUUCAUGGGGGCGAUGAACAAGAUGCUGGAGUUUAUGGUCACCCAUGGUGAAGAGCAUCCAUCCGAGCAGCUGAUGAUUGAGACAGAAGAGAAAGUGAGUUUCUACUCGUCCAUCUUCGGCACGCUGCAGCUGCUGUGCCUGGCCACGUGUCCUCUGAUUGGAUACAUCAUGGACUGGAAGAUGAAGGAGUGUGAAGAAGAGAAGACAGUCCCCCCGGGCACCGAGCACAGGCAGACCAUUGUGCCCAGAAGAGACCGUAAGAUCCAGAAACUGACCAACGCCAUGAGAGCCUUCAUUCUCACCAACAUGCUGCUGCUCGCUUUUGGCUGCUGCUGCCUCAUAGACAGCCUUCCUCUCCAGAUCUUGACCUUCAUCCUCCACACUAUGGUCCGAGGCUUCAUCCACUCCUGCUGCGGAGGCCUUUAUGCUGCUGUAUACCCGUCCAACCACUUUGGCACUCUGACGGGCCUCCAGUCCAUGAUCAGCGCUGUGAUCGCUCUGCUGCAGCAGCCGCUCUUCAUCUCCAUGGUUGGAACGCUGAAAGGAGACCCCUACUGGAUCAACCUCGGCCUGAUCAUCUUCUCAUUGGCUGGUUUCCUGUUGCCGGGUUACCUGUACUACCACCGCAGGCAGCUGCUGAGGGAAAAGGAGGCCAGAGAAGAGCGGGCGGCCGGACAGGAGCUGCAGGCGCUCAACGACGGCGAGGCCAACGGCUACAAACCCCAAAGCAACGGCCUCGCUGCUGUGGAGGCGUAGAGCGGCACCCAGUGGAGAGUCGGAAAUGUAGUAUUUGUACUUGUCUGCAAAGUCACCACCAGCAAUCUCAGCAUCCAUAUGUGUUUUUGUUUUGAUAUUUCCAGUGGUUAUUUUGGUCUUUGCUGGUGCACAUUUUGCUCAACACUAUCCAUACCAUCGAGGAAAUAGGAUUCCUCAUGUUUUGUUUUGAACUUUAAGUUCCUUGUGAUUUCGGGAGAAGAUAUGUCAUCAUUUGUUUAUUUAUUUUGGUUUAGUGUCAAAGAGCCAAAUUGGUGUGAUUUAAAGCCGUAGAUUUCACUCACAAACACACACCCUGGUACUGCUUGUGUGUCAGACUGCGGAUAUCACAGUACUUGAAAUACUGUUAAAUUGCUUUCAAAGAUUUAAAAGAAAUAGAAAGUGGCUAAGACCAAAGAACAACUUAAAUAUACGGUUGCAGUUUGUACCUCCAUAUUGCUUCAGAAAUAUUCUUAAUGGAAAAAAGAAUUGGGUAUAAUUUGCCGUUUCCCCUGUAAUUCAUCUGGCAAAAAUUUAAAAAUAUAGAAAACAAAGCAUCAGACAAUCAAAGAAAUGAAGCAUCUGAAUACCAGACUUCCUACAAAGAAGCAUUUGGUGUAUUUUCAGAGUCCAGUUUUUCACACACACAUGUACACAGAUAGGCUGGUUGUAGAGACACCAUAUCUACCUCUGUUUCCUUUUUCUGUACAGUCUCUGCAGCCGACUCUUAUGCAAGUAAAAAGUAUUUUUUUUCACUCCUAAUUCUUUAAUUGUCAAGUCCACAAGAUGUCAAAUUGAAAUCACCUCAUAAUUUCUCCUUGUGCAUUAAUGCUCUUUAGAGUUAUUGGUGAGUCAGCAAUUUUUUUAUAUGUAGGAAAAACGUUUUUUUAUGGAAAAUUCACAAGGAAAAAUAAGACUGACUUUUAAACACACAGUGUGUGUCAAUGUCAUUAAUCACUUUGUACGGCUUUAUGCACAUCAAUGAACUAGUUUGUGUAUAAAAUGUGCAUUUAAGUGUAUUUUUAUAUUCUAGCUCCAGUAGCAUUCAAAAGGGAAGCGUUUGUUUCAAUAUCCGUGGCUAUUGUGUAGUGUGCUAAUCUAAAUGAAGCUCAGAUGAUUUUCUGUGUAUUCUGCUUUUGCCUUUUUUUUGUCAUGUAUGAAUUUAAGCAAGCAUGCCUCCAUCAAGAUAGAUUUUUUUUGUAAAUAGAACUGAGGUAAGUUAUUUUAUUACAUAUUCUGCUUGCUUGCUUGACUUAAUACACUGUGUGUGUACAGUAGCCUAAUUGAUGAGCGAAGAGACACUGGCUGUGCUCAAAGUCACACAAAAAAGUCCAUUUCAGUAUCAAGAUUGCUUAGAUUGUUCCUUGGUUGUCCGUUUUGUUUUCUAGCUAUCUUUUGUCCUCUAAAUGUAGUCAGCUUCACCAUUAGAGAGAUUGUGUUUUGUUUUAACGCUGUGCCUUUGCUGCCAUCUUGGUCUUAUUGCAAUAUAUAAAUCAUACCUGCAAACUCAUGAGGGGUGAAAAAAGUGACAACGGGGGGGUGGGGGGGGGGGGUGCAGGUGUUUUUUUGUUUUUUUGUCACCACACCACAUCCACGUUGUUUUAAGCCUCAAAGCUUUUAGAACCACAACUACAGUCAUUUUAUUGUUCUGACCACAAAUCUAAAUAAUGAUAAUAAACAGUUUAAGACCAAAAGGUUCUCCGCUCUGACUCAGCCCUAUAAUGAUAGUAAUAACAAAUAUACAUUGUCAUUAUAUAUAAUAUGGUUAAAGUCAUUCAUGAACCAACUUCCUUUUUUUUUCCCUGAACAGUCCUCAUGGACUUCUCCCUGAAUCUGUUCUGUCUCUACCUGUUUGUCACGAUACUCAUAUUAUAACUUCUAUACAUAUUACAUACCUGCCAUAAAUAUCAUGAUACCCGAUACCAGAAUUCAAUACACCAUACAAACAAUAUGGUACCAUAAUUUACGAGACUGGUAUAUUUAUCUAUAAUAGUAAUAAAUAAAACAUCUGUAUGGAUCACUUUUUACCAACUUUUUCAACACUUAACAAAUGACAGUAAUAUUAGUAUUAAUACAGCCAGAUAUGAAUGAAACUACAUGGUUCCAUCAUAGCAUUGAUGAUACACUAUGAGGCCGUUAGUCUCUGACCAGAUGAUCCACAGUUCAUCAGGAUGAGCAGCUGGAGAGUUACAGAACUUUACAGACUGAAACAUUUCACUUCUGGCAUCUUUUUAUUUUUUAAGCCGAAGUCUAAAGCUGCGCCACUUCUCUCGCUGUGAGCUGCGCAGCGCAGUGUGCGCAGACAGCUCGACACGGAGCAGCGCGUGCGCUCUGAUCGCUCUCUUAAUGAAGUAUCGAUACUAAAAAUAUGGUAAAUCACAUCGUGUUUAACGUACGGGUACUUUGUUAGCAUCGCUACACCGUGCAGCGUGACAGGAGUAGAUGUAGCGGCUAACAUUCAAGCUAACCUGAACCCCCAAACGCUGUGGACAUCUGAACGCUGAUUGGCCGAGACGCGACACGUCCCAUCAAAGAUGUUUUAUUGCGAAGAGCAACACUUCACACUUUUCUCCGCGUCUCACUGCAAUCUCAACGGCAGCGGGCCACGUGACCCCCCCCCCCCCCAAAAACAAAAACUCUUUGGAUCUCCACGAUUCACGUGGAUGACCUAUUUUGAGUUCAAAACGGUGAAUUUCACCGAAAGGUGACAAGUUUGCAGGUAUGAUAAAUGUAAGAUCAAUAACUCUGACAAAUAUUUAUCUGUAAAUCAAAGCCAUGAGGAGGAAUUGCAAGUGAGUUGAUCGUACAGCACUAGGCCGAGGUUUCCCAGUUUGGCAUAUGUCAUCGCUUUCCUCUUUUACAGCUUUUUGUAAUGUCUGAAACAGUCCCAGCAACAACUUUCUGACCUCUUUGUAUCUCUGCAAGUUGCCUCAAAAGUUCCUUGUUGUCAGACAUGUGGCUUCCUUCUGUCUUUUGUAAUUGGGAUUCAAAGUUGCUGCCUGAGUUAUUUGGUGUGAAGAAUAAUCAACCCCUCUGAAAACAUCCGUUGCUUCGUCUGUAUUGUGACCAUCUUCUCCCUUUACCCGUGGGGCUGAAGUGUUGGUACAAGUUGCUGAAUGUAUAACUUUACUCAAUAUAUCCAGCUUGUGCAUUUGAUAAAUAAAUGAUUGUAAACAUA